UUUUUCUCUACCCCAAGUGUGGCUUAGAGGGUCCUUUUGAUUUGAAUAUCACGUGACGCAUAAAAUCAAUUUUAGAAGCAUCCGUGAACUUAAAAGUCAUCUGAUUUGAGCUCCUUCCUUUAGAGAUGAAGAAACCAAGAUGCGGAGAUGUCUCAGAGCUAAUUAGUUUGUGGCUGAAGUCCCGGUACCUAGUCUGGAACUUUCUCCCAGUGUUACUCUCUGAACCCAGCAAGGCCAGUCUUUUUACCAAAACGUUUGUUUGCUAACUAAAGGGGAUGGCGUGUAGCCCUAAUUCAGACCUUCCCCUGUAAACACCUGGCCUCUGACAUUCGCCUUUGGAAAUGCCAUUUCUUGACAAACAUUAAGACGCGUUUGCCUUUUGAGUCUGCAUGUUGACAGACGUAUCAGAAUAACUUUAUAUGUGCAAGAUCAGGGGGGCCUGUAGGUGCUGGCAAAAGCUGUUAACCUUUUCUCUGCCUGCCGGCCAGGGUGACCCUCACACACAGGACACCCAGCCUUGUUGCGGGUUAGACUUGGAGAAGAGGAGCUGUUUGGAGCCCAGAGUGUAAGGAGCUGAGCCGGGGGGCGGCCGUCAGAAAUAGUCAGGCCUAAAUGUCUGGGACAGUGGAUAGGGAUAAUGUUCUCAGCCUUGGUCCAGCCUUUUUUGAAUCGUUUCUCUAAAUCAUUUUUUGGUAUUUGCUUUAUUUUUCUCAAAUAUCAAAAUUUAGGUUUCCGAGAAUAAACGUAUCGUACGUCCAUGAUGGCAAGUGCAGAGCAUUUGGAAAACACGGAGAUUAAGCCCUGUUGACAAUUUGGCAUAUUGCAUUUAGUUCAGUUUUCUUUUUUCUUUGAAUUCUGCUCAUGGGUGUCUGGCUGAAGAGGCUUGGGUUUUGGGUCCCUUUCGGGAGAAGUCCUUUAGAGCCUGCCAUUUGUUAUUCUGCUUGUGAAUGCUGGUGACCUUUAGGUAGGUGCAGAAGCUGGGUCACCUGGGGCUCUUCCAGAAAGAAAAACAGAAAGUGACCUGCAAGUGCAUAGCCGUUGCUCCAGGGUCCUGCUAGUGAGCACCAGCAUACCCUGUGCUCUCCCAGCUUUCCUCCCAGCCUUAGAGCAAGCAGAGCGGAGCCUGUGACGUGGGAGGGUGUCUCUAAAUUUAGGGUCUGGGUACAGUGUUUUCUCUUACAUCACUGGUCUGCCUUUUGUCCAGGGUAAGAAAAAUAAUUGAAAGCAUGUGAUGUUUCCAUUGCUGAUGAGGCAGAAAGUCUCCACUGAGCCAUGUAUCAUUUUUCUUGGCAGCUGCUUCCCUGUGCCCUGCUUGCUCCCUGGGCCAGGGCAAGCAAGGGCCACCCACUGCUCUCUGUGGAACACCUUCAAGUAACCAUGACCAUGAGUUACUUAUUGUCAAACUUGUUAUUUCCCUGAGACAGAUGGGGAGAAGAUAAAUAUAUGCACAUGUGUAUCUGUUCAGUGUUCGAAAGAAAGUUGGAUGUUUUGACCAAAGUACCACCCUUGAAAGGAAAAGGGAGCUAACAGUUUCUGAGGCCCUCCACCUGAUUCAUGCAGUUUCACCCCAUUUCCCUAUAUGUUCACAUGACAAAUGUGAGUGGGUCUUAUUCUGCCCACUUUACAGAUGGCACGGAGGCUCAGAAGAGUGGGACUCACAGUCAUCUAGGUAGUUAAUUGGCAAAAACUAGGAUUUGAACCCAGGACUGUUGGACUACAAACCCCAUGUUCUUGCUGCUAGAGCCUACUUUUUGUGUGAUGAACUCUGGUGGAAACUAGACUAGAAUAGAAAGGAUACCCUUCAAAGAAGGAAAUGCGGAUUAACAGGGCCUGGCAGUUGGGUAGCAAUGGGGACUUUAGGAACCAGAUGAGUGAAAGCUGCAUGAGCUCCACAUCUGGGUGACAGGGAAGGUGUGCCUGAUGUGAUGGGGAAGGCAGGACGGGGAGCCCCCUAGUUAUCUCUUCAGCCCCUACCAGGGGCCUGACAUUGCUAGAUGGUGGGGUCUCAGAAGCGAGCACACUAGCUUUCCUGUUCUCAUGGGGCUUGCGUGGUGGGAGAUAGAAAUAAACAGGUCAGCAUAUAAUGUGCUGAAGAAAAAUAAAGCAGGGUAAGAAGGAUAGAGGGUGCUUGAGGUAUUGUUUCAACGGGGUGAUUAGAGGCGUCCUCUCUGACAAGGUGACAGUUGAACCUGAAGAAAUGACCAUACAUUGUCCACUCCAAGCAGGAACAGAUACAAAGACACUGAUGUGUAGGGCAUGAUGAAGGAAGGUAUUUAAAGACCCGGGAAGGAGGAUGGUGUGGCCAGAACAGAGGGAGCAAGGGAGAGGGUGCUGGGAGCUGAGGUCGGAGAGGGAGGUGAGCACCGUGCAGGCCUGGUAAGGCUGGAUUUAAGCUGAGCAAGAUGGUAAGCCAGUGGGGGGUUGGAGCACAGGGUAUAUGAUGUGACCUAGAGUAUGAGACUGUUAACAGUUUGGCUGUUAACUUGAGAUGAGACUAAGGUGGGGGCACGGGAAGAAGGGGGCCAUUGCAGUGUCUUGAGAAAGUAGUCAGCCAGCCAUUCAGUUGCUCCACAGAUGAUUAUCAAACACCGUCUUCCGUGGGCUGGAGGACAAAUGGCCACCCUUCCCUGUGAGUGGGAGUGCUUCACAGAACAAGUGUGGAGCAUGAGCCGAGGUGUGGAAAAAUGAGUAGGAGUUCCCCCCAAGACAGGUGCUGGGAAGAGCUGACAGUUUGGAGUAACUCCGUCAUUCUGGUGCCUCUGUCCAAAGAUGUACUGGUUUUAUGUGGGAAGAAGUUUGUUCUUUCGGUUGGGGGCUGGUGGUAGUGAGGCAACCUCUGGAAAGAGAAGUGAGUGGCUCUCACUCACUGUCAUUAAAAAAUCUCCAGUGCUGUUUACCCACCAACAAAAGGAAAGGUGGUCUGGCUACCUCUGCCCUCCCUGUCCAAAUACCUCAUCCAAGUGAUGAAAAGAUAAAGUAAGGAAAAGCUAGCCACCCAAUUGUGUUCUUGUAGUAUAUAUCAGAUGCUCCCUAUUUGGAGGGAGAAAAGUUUGUGACCUCUGACCUACCCCUGGAGUGCCUGGUUUCCCCCUGGAGGCAGAAGGCAAAGUCAGGAUCUACAGUACCAAGGAGCAUGUGACCCAAAGGAACCAGAAGGCUGAGAUGGAAAACUGGGCACACGGUAUCAGAAUCUAGGCGUUCUACAGGGGAUGGGCAGGGCCCUGGGUCUCUCCCCUCUGCCCUCCAUGGCUCAGUCUUCGGGGUGGUGAAAACAUGCAGUGACAUUUCAAGGAAUGUAGAGAUUUAUUACUGAUUUAUUGUGAAAUGUGUAGAAAUGCAAAGUGUGUGAUAAGUAUUUAAUCCCGUGCUGUCGAACACCUCACUGAGACCACGAUGGGCACUUCACACAUACCACCUUCCCUCCCAGGGGCAGAGGCGUCCUCAGUUUCCACGGGGAAGUUUAAGGUGUUUUAGAAAUAAGGAUGUGCUCUAGGGUGUGAGCAGUUCCUGAAGGAUGUAUAUGAACACAGUGGCUAUUCAGAGAAAGCCUUCUCUUCCGUCAACUAGAAGAUAAUCCAAAUGGAAUAAAGCCCAUCACCAGAGGCUCCACUGACUUCUGCUGUUCAGCAUGAACAGCUGGAGCGACAUGCGGCAGGAGGUCAUGUUCCUGACCAGCGUGAACAGCUCCAGCUCGUCCACCCAGAUAUACCAAGCCGUGUCCCGCAUUGUCUGUGGCCAUCCCGAGGGCGGGGGCCUGAAGAUUAAGUCCCUCAACUGGUAUGAGGACAACAACUACAAAGCUCUCUUUGGCGGCAACGGCACGGAUGAAGAUGCUGACAGCUUUUAUGACAAUUCUACAACUCCUUACUGCAAUGAUCUGAUGAAGAAUUUGGAGUCCAGUCCCCUUUCCCGCAUCAUAUGGAAAGCUCUCAAGCCUCUGCUUGUUGGGAAGAUCCUGUAUACACCUGACACUCCAGUCACAAGGCAGGUUAUGGCCGAGGUGAACAAGACCUUUCAGGAACUGGCUGUGUUUCAUGAUGUGCAAGGCAUGUGGGAAGAGCUCAGCCCCAAGAUCUGGACCUUCAUGGAGAGUAACCCGGAGAUGGACCUUGUUCGGACACUGUUGGACAGCAGAAGCAAUGACCACUUUUGGGAACAGCAGUUGGAUGGCUUAGACUGGACUGCCAAAGAUAUCCUGGCAUUUCUGGCCAAGCACCCAGAGGAUGUCCAGUCUGCUAAUGGCUCUGUGUACACCUGGAGAGAAGCUUUCAAUGAGACUGACCAGGCAAUCCAGACCAUCUCUCGCUUCAUGGAGUGUGUCAACUUGAAUAAGCUCGAACCGGUAGCAACAGAAGUCCGGCUCAUCAGCAAGUCCAUGGAGUUGCUGGACGAGCGGAAGUUCUGGGCCGGUAUCGUGUUCACCGGAAUCACUCCUGACAGUGUGGAGUUGCCCCGUCAUGUCAAGUACAAGAUCCGAAUGGACAUUGACAAUGUGGAGAGGACAAAUAAAAUCAAGGAUGGGUACUGGGACCCCGGUCCUCGGGCUGACCCCUUUGAGGAUAUGCGGUAUGUCUGGGGGGGCUUUGCCUACUUACAAGAUGUGGUGGAACAGGCGAUCAUCAGGGUGCUGACGGGCACCGAGAAGAAAACUGGUGUCUAUGUGCAGCAGAUGCCCUACCCCUGUUAUGUCGAUGACAUCUUCCUGCGGGUGAUGAGCCGGUCCAUGCCCCUGUUCAUGACGCUGGCCUGGAUCUACUCCGUGGCUGUGAUCAUCAAGGGCAUCGUGUAUGAGAAGGAGGCGCGGCUGAAGGAAACCAUGCGCAUCAUGGGCCUGGACAACGGCAUCCUGUGGUUCAGCUGGUUCAUCAGUAGCCUCAUUCCUCUGCUCAUGAGCGCCGGCCUGCUUGUGGUCAUCCUGAAAUUAGGAAACCUGCUGCCCUACAGUGACCCCAGCGUGGUGUUUGUCUUUCUGUCCAUGUUCGCCGUGGUGACCAUCCUGCAGUGUUUCCUGAUCAGCACACUCUUCUCAAGAGCCAACCUGGCGGCAGCCUGUGGGGGCAUCAUCUACUUCAUUCUCUACCUGCCCUACGUGCUGUGCGUGGCAUGGCAAGACUAUGUGGGCUUCACGCUCAAGAUCUUUGUGAGCCUGCUGUCUCCUGUGGCUUUCGGGUUUGGCUGCGAGUACUUUGCCCUUUUUGAGGAGCAGGGCAUUGGGGUGCAGUGGGACAACCUGUUUGAGAGCCCCGUGGAGGAAGAUGGCUUCAACCUCACCAUUUCAGUCUCCAUGAUGCUGUUCGACACCUUCCUCUAUGGAGUGAUGACGUGGUACAUCGAGGCUGUCUUUCCAGGCCAGUAUGGAAUCCCCAGGCCUUGGUAUUUUCCUUGCACCAAAUCCUACUGGUUCGGUGAGGAAAGUGAUGAGAAGAGCCACCCUGGUUCCAGCCAGAAGGGAGCAUCAGAAAUCUGCGUGGAGGAGGAGCCCACACACCUGAAGCUGGGCGUGUCCAUUCAGAACCUGAUGAAGGUUUACCGGGAUGGCAUGAAGGUGGCUGUUGAUGGCCUGGCCUUGAAUUUCUAUGAGGGCCAGAUCACCUCCUUCCUGGGCCACAAUGGAGCUGGGAAGACCACCACCAUGUCAAUCCUGACCGGGUUGUUCCCUCCCACCUCGGGCACUGCCUACAUCCUGGGAAAAGACAUUCGCUUUGAGAUGAGCACCAUCCGGCAGAACCUGGGGGUCUGCCCCCAGCAUAACGUGCUGUUUGACAUGCUGACUGUGGAAGAACACAUCUGGUUCUAUGCGCGGCUGAAGGGGCUCUCGGAGAAGCAUGUGAAAGCAGAGUUGGAGCAGAUGGCCUUGGAUGUCGGUUUGCCACCCAGCAAACUGAAAAGCAAAACAAGUCAGCUGUCAGGCGGAAUGAAGAGAAAGCUGUCUGUGGCUUUGGCCUUUGUUGGGGGAUCCAAGGUUGUCAUUCUGGACGAGCCCACAGCCGGUGUGGACCCUUACUCCCGCAGGGGAAUAUGGGAGCUCCUGCUGAAAUACCGACAAGGCCGCACCAUUAUUCUCUCCACGCACCACAUGGAUGAAGCAGACAUCCUGGGGGACAGGAUUGCCAUCAUUUCCCAUGGGAAGCUGUGCUGUGUGGGCUCCUCCCUAUUUCUGAAGAACCAGCUGGGAACAGGCUACUACCUGACCCUGGUUAAGAAGGAUGUGGAAUCCUCCCUCAGUUCCUGCAGAAAUAGCAGUAGCACUGUGUCGUACCUGAAAAAGGUGGUGCCUGAGCUUCCCCCAGCUGGGCAGAGUGGAGGCAGAGGAGGAGAGGUGCAGAGGCUGGUGGCGCUGACUCAAGAUGUCUCGGCCAUCUCCAACCUCAUCAGGAAGCACGUGGCUGAGGCCCGGCUAGUGGAAGACAUUGGGCAUGAACUGACUUACGUGCUGCCCUACGAAGCUGCCAAGGAGGGGGCCUUUGUGGAACUCUUCCAUGAGAUUGAUGACCGGCUCUCAGACCUGGGCAUCUCCAGUUACGGCAUCUCGGAGACAACCCUGGAAGAAAUAUUUCUCAAAGUGGCCGAAGAGAGUGGGGUGGAUGCUGAGACCUCGGAUGGCACCUUGCCAGCAAGACGAAACAGACGGGCCUUCGGGGACAAGCAGAGCUGCCUUCGCCCAUUCACUGAAGAUGAUGCUAUUGAUCCUAAUGAUUCUGAUGUAGACCCAGAAUCCAGAGAAACAGACCUGCUCAGCGGGAUGGACGGCAAAGGCUCCUACCAGGUGAAGGGCUGGAAGCUCACACAGCAGCAGUUUGUGGCCCUUCUGUGGAAGAGGCUGCUGAUUGCCAGACGGAGUCGGAAGGGAUUCUUUGCUCAGAUCGUCCUACCAGCUGUGUUUGUCUGCAUUGCCCUGGUGUUCAGCUUGAUCGUGCCCCCCUUUGGCAAGUACCCCAGCCUGGAACUUCAGCCCUGGAUGUACAACGAACAGUACACGUUCGUCAGUAACGAUGCUCCCGAGGACACGGGCACCCAGGAGCUCUUGAAUGCCCUCACCAGACACCCCGGCUUCGGGACCCGCUGUAUGGAAGGAAAUCCAAUCCCAGACAUGCCCUGCUCGGUGGGGGAGGAGGAGUGGACCACCGCCCCCGUUCCCCAGACCAUCACGGACCUCUUCCAAAAUGGGAACUGGACGAUGGAGAACCCCUCACCCACCUGCCAGUGUAGCAGUGACAAAAUCAAGAAGAUGCUGCCCGUGUGUCCCCUGGGGGCAGGGGGGCUGCCUCCUCCACAAAGAAAACAGAACACUGCAGACAUCCUUCAGAACCUGACGGGAAGAAACAUUUCGGAUUAUCUGGUGAAGACCUAUGUGCAGAUCAUAGCCAAAAGUUUAAAGAACAAGAUCUGGGUGAAUGAGUUUAGGUAUGGAGGGUUCUCCCUGGGUGCCAGUAAUUCUCAUUCACUUCCUUCAAGUCAAGAAGUUAAUAAUGCCAUCAAGCAAGUGAAGAAGCACUUAAAGCUGGCCAAGGACAGUUCUGCAGAUCGAUUUCUCAGCAGCUUGGGGAGGUUCAUGACAGGACUGGACACGAAAAAUAACGUCAAGGUGUGGUUCAACAACAAGGGCUGGCAUGCCAUCAGCUCUUUCCUGAACGUCAUCAACAAUGCCAUUCUGCGGGCCAGCCUGCAGAAGGGAGAGAACCCCAGCCAGUAUGGGAUUACUGCCUUCAAUCACCCCCUGAAUCUCACCAAGCAGCAGCUCUCGGAAGUGGCUCUGAUGACCACGUCAGUGGAUGUCCUUGUGUCCAUCUGUGUCAUCUUCGCGAUGUCCUUCGUCCCGGCCAGCUUUGUUGUGUUCCUGAUCCAAGAGCGGGUCAGCAAAGCGAAGCACCUGCAGUUCAUCAGUGGAGUAAAACCUGUCAUCUACUGGCUUUCCAAUUUCGUGUGGGAUAUGUGCAACUAUGUGGUCCCUGCCACGCUGGUCAUUAUCAUCUUCAUCUGCUUCCAGCAGAAGUCCUAUGUGUCCUCUACCAACCUGCCUGUGCUGGCCCUUCUACUUCUGUUGUACGGGUGGUCGAUCACACCUCUCAUGUACCCAGCCUCCUUCGUGUUCAAGAUCCCCAGCACAGCCUACGUGGUCCUCACCAGCGUGAACCUCUUCAUCGGGAUCAACGGCAGUGUGGCCACUUUUGUGCUGGAGCUUUUUACCAACAAUAAGCUGAAUAACAUCAAUGAUAUCCUGAAGUCUGUAUUCUUGAUCUUCCCACAUUUUUGCCUGGGACGGGGGCUCAUUGACAUGGUGAAAAACCAGGCAAUGGCUGACGCCUUGGAAAGGUUUGGGGAGAACCGUUUUGUUUCACCACUGUCCUGGGACUUAGUGGGACGGAACCUCUUCGCCAUGGCCGUGGAAGGGGUGGUAUUCUUCCUCAUCACUGUUCUCAUCCAGUACAGAUUCUUCAUCAGGCCCAGACCUGUAGAUGCAAAGCUUCCUCCUUUGAAUGAUGAGGAUGAAGAUGUGAAGCGGGAAAGACAGAGAAUUCUUGAUGGUGGAGGACAGAACGACAUCUUGGAAAUCAAGGAGCUGACUAAGAUAUAUAGAAGAAAGAGGAAGCCUGCCGUUGACAGGAUUUGCGUUGGCAUUCCGCCUGGCGAGUGCUUUGGACUUCUGGGGGUUAAUGGGGCUGGGAAAUCAUCAACUUUCAAGAUGUUAACUGGAGAUACCACUGUUACCAGAGGAGAUGCUUUCCUGAACAAAAAUAGUAUCUUAUCAGACAUCGAUGAAGUCCAUCAGAACAUGGGCUAUUGCCCUCAGUUCGAUGCCAUCACGGAGCUACUGACCGGAAGAGAGCACGUGGAGUUCUUUGCCCUCUUGAGAGGAGUCCCAGAGAAAGAAGUUGGCAAGGUUGGUGAAUGGGCAAUUCGGAAACUGGGCCUUGUAAAGUAUGGAGAAAAAUAUGCUGGCAACUACAGUGGAGGCAACAAGCGCAAGCUCUCAACGGCCAUGGCUCUGAUCGGCGGGCCCCCUGUCGUGUUUCUGGAUGAGCCUACCACAGGCAUGGACCCCAAAGCCCGGCGAUUCUUGUGGAAUUGUGCCCUAAGUAUUGUCAAGGAAGGCAGAUCAGUAGUGCUUACAUCUCAUAGUAUGGAAGAAUGUGAAGCUCUUUGCACUAGGAUGGCAAUUAUGGUCAAUGGGAGGUUCAGGUGUCUUGGCAGCGUCCAACAUCUGAAAAAUAGGUUUGGAGAUGGUUACACAAUCGUGGUACGGAUAGCAGGGUCCAACCCUGACCUGACGCCUGUCCAGGAGUUCUUCGGACUUGCCUUCCCGGGAAGUGUCCUCAAAGAGAAGCACCGGAACAUGCUACAGUACCAGCUUCCAUCUUCACUAUCUUCUCUGGCCAGGAUAUUCAGCAUCCUUUCCCAGAGCAAAAAGAGACUCCACAUAGAAGACUACUCUGUUUCUCAGACAACGCUUGACCAAGUAUUUGUAAACUUCGCCAAGGACCAAAGUGAUGAUGACCACUUGAAGGACUUGUCAUUACACAAAAACCAGACAGUAGUCGAUGUUGCAGUUCUCACAUCUUUUCUCCAGGAUGAGAAAGUGAAAGAAAGUUACGUAUGAAGAAUACUGUUCGUACAGGCUGACUAAAAGAAAGGAGGAACUAGCCCUUCCUCUGCACCAUGUGAAGUGUUCCAAAAGAAGAGCUGGAUGUUUUUUGUGGGAAGAAGUAAACUGGAUACUGUACUGAUACUAUUCAAUGCAAUGCAAUUCAAUGCAAUGAAAACAAAAUUCCAUUACAGGGGCAGUGCCUUUGUAGUCUAGGUCUCGUAUGGCUCUCAAGUGAAAAAGACUUGAAUUUAGUUUAUUACCUUAUACCUACGUGAAACUCUAGUAUGGAACCCAGCGGACAUAUGGGUUUGAAAUCAUGCUUUUUUUGUUGUUGUUCCUUUGUAUUCUCACUGGGGUUGCAACAAUAAUUAAUCAAGUAAUCAUGGCCAGUGAUUAUUUAUCAAAAUCAGAAGGCGUGUUACAUCUUCAUUCAUGAAGCCGUGCCAUGCCAGGAGACUGGUUUCCCGGCGACACAUCCAUUGCUGGCGAUGAGUGUGCCAGAAUGACUAGUGCCAAGUUGCCCAGAAAGCCUGAAGGACCGUGGUGUGUCGUGCACACUUUUGCAACAGCUGUUCUGCUUCAGGGUCCAUCAGCAUCGGUAUCAGGUGACAGAAUGGUGCCCUGGACGGGGGAAGCCCUCCAUUGUUUCCCUCUUUGAUGAGCUGCUCUGGUGUGGCCGUAACAUUGCAAGUGUGGGUAGCUCAAGACAGGUGAGACUUGGUUCCAUGGGUCUCCAGGGCCAUUUUUCUGGGACUCUUUAAAUAUACUUAGAUCCUGGUAAGCAGCAAAGAGCCGCCAGGGACUAAAGAGCUGGCUUGUUCAAACCUCGGGAGGCCUGUGUCCAUUUGUCCUGGUUGUCUGCUAACACGGUACAUUGCAUCUCAAGAUCUUCCUGUUUGACCCAAGUGUAGUGUUAUUUCUGGCUUUUUAAAUUAAUCUAGAAUAUGAAAGGAUAGAGUUGUAUUUUGACAAAAAUCUUUGUGCUUUUAAUGUUGUUUGGAAUCUUAAGUUCUGUCAGUGACUUGUGAAUCCCUUGGAAUGGCCUCUUUGUAGAACCCCGUGGCGUAGAGGAGUGGCCCCACUGCCUCACUAGCUUUAUUUCUCAUGGAAGCUUGCAGAGGGAACCUCUGAUUAGUGCCUGGUGACCAGAAAACAAUGUGGUGGUCAAGAUCUCGUGACAGCAUUAUAUUUGAGUUUAUUUAAGAUCAUUCAAAAUACUCUUAAUCUCCGCUUGUUAAUCAAGUAUUUUUUGAGUGUAUGUUGUAGCUGAAUUGACCGUGUAUGGAUGGAUUGGGUCUGGAGGAAUUAAGUCUCAGUAGAUAUCCUGUGCCAUGUUACUCAGCUAACAGGUUUACAAAUACAGGUUUUGUUGUUGUGGUUGUGGGAUCCCAGUGAAUACUGGGCAGCCUUUUUUUUUUUUUAAAUAGCAACAGUGCAAAAGCCAAAAAAGUCUGUCAUAAGGGUCACAAAACUAAACAAUGAAUACUUUCACAAAAAAGAUCAAUAACUUUAAAACUUGUUGAGUAACACAACUUGUGCUUAUGGGUAUAUUUGGUACUGUCAGAAAAUUGGCUUUGAAGAUCUUAGAUACCCCAUUCUGACAAUCUCAAAUUUUUCAUCUCUUUAGUCCUGAAUUUCUCAUGAAAAAAAUAAAAACAGCAAAUGCCCCCACAUGAAAUACAUUUGACUUUUCUGAUCCAGUCUUAUUUUUUUAGUCAAUAAACACUUUAAAAAAUAUUAUUUCACUAAUGCUUAAUGUGAUCUGUCUUGAGACAACAAAAAUAUGAGGGAAGUACUAUUGCGUGAAAUUCAAGCCAUCUUUCAAUAUCAUUACUAAUUUCUUUUUCUAAAAUUUAAAUACUAACUCUAAAGGUGUUAAGAUUUCACAUCUAUUUCAAAUCUGUUUUUUAAAAUUUACAGAAAGUUAUCACAUAACUUGUUUGGCAAAAGAAAAUGACUUAGAAAUUAAUGCCAAUAUUUUCUAAAAUGAUAAACAAGUAAUGAAGGCCCAUUUCCAGUAACUAUUGGCAUGAUGAGGUCAUUACAUUUUGUGCAGUCUUUAAUGAUAUAAAAUUCAUAAUUUAGUUUCUCCUGAUUUAAUAUUUUUCAAAAUCAAACUUUUGUUAGUUUUCCCAUUUCACUAGAAUCAUGUUCUAAUUCUCUAUUUUAUUAAAUCAGUGAGCAGCUCCUGGCUCUAAUUACUCUGACUUCAAGGCCAUAUUUUAAAAAAUUCAAAAGAGACUGUGAACUGUUUUGGAAAAAAAAAAAAUUCAAUAUAGAUUUCCAAGGAUCUCUUCUGAAGCUAGAAACAAUCUAUAGCUACACCCUGACUUCAUUGUUACCUUUUAAACUACCCAAAUAGUAAUCUUCUACAUUUUCCUGUGUAAACCUAAUUAUAGUAGAAUUUUUUACCAACUCUACUCAAGUAAAAUUUCUAUAUAUUCCCUGUGGAAAUAUAAGUAUGUGAGUUUCAGAAAUUCUCAAAAAAGUGUCCAAAGGUUGCCGCUUUUGCUUCUUUUGGACACCUUGGAAACUUUAUUAUCAACUGUGAAUAUGAAAAAUACAAAAGAAAACAAUCACAAAGCCCUUUAUACAUACAUAAACAUCCAGCACAGCUCAUUGUUAAAAAACAGCCAAACCUCAGACUACUGUAUUUCAAUCUCUGUACUGAAAGCGUGUGCAUUGUGGUGAUUAAAUGUUGCACGUCUUUCACUCACUGUAAUCAUUGACGAAAGGGAUUUGUCUGUUUUCUUCUUGUGGUUGUAUAUAUCAGGUAAAUUUUUUUCCAAAGAGCCAUGUGUCAUAUAUAAUAUUGAACCACUUUGAUACUGAGAUACUAAUUUGUACCCUUGUUACUAUUUACUAGUAAUAGUACUCUAGUAAUAUAGCUCUAAUUCUCUUCAAAAUUGUUGCAUCCCUUUUAUAGAAUGUUUCUAUUUCCAUAAGGAUUAAGUAUUCUCUCUUCUUAUACCCUAGGAUGAAGCUAUGUUUUUGUGCUUUUUCUUUAUCAUUGGCUCUUCAUUCCAAGCACUUUAUGCUGUCUCUAAUGGGAUCUAUUUUUGCACUGGAAUAUCUGAGAAUUGCAAAACUAGACAAAAGUUUCACAACAGAUUUCUAAGUUAAAUCAUUUUCAUUAAAAGGAAAAAAAGAAAAAAAAUUUUGUAUGUCAAUAACUUUAUAUGAAGUAUUAAAAAAAAGGCAUAUUUCUAUGUUGUAAUGAGUCACGAAAUAAAGCUGUGACCGUU